UUGGUAUUCUGUCAACAAUGGCUUCUGUUCUGCUUCAUGGAAUACUCCAUGUUACCAUCUUCGAGAUUGAUAGGCUUUCUGGUUCAAGUUGCUGCAACUUUUUCUGCAAGAUAGUUGAAAAAUGUGAAGGGACUGUUGCAUGUGGAAAAAGUAUCUCUAAAAUAUAUGCUACGAUAGAGUUGGAAGAAGCAAGAAUUGGCCGAACCAGAGAAUUAAAACAUGCAAGUUCUAAUCCACAAUGGCAUGAAUCUUUCCAUAUUUACUGUGCACAUAUGGCUUCCAAUGUUACGUUCUCUAUCAAAAUCAAAGAUCCAAUUGGAUCACAAGUGAUUGGAAGAGCUUCUUUGCCUGCUAUGCAAGUUUUAAAUGGAGAAGCACUAAACACUUGGCUUAGAAUCUUGAAUAAGAAAAAUAAACCUUUACGUUCAAAGAUUCAUGUCAAACUACAAUUUUUUGAUGUCAGUAAAGGAAGCAAUUGGUCUAAAGGAAUUACAAGCCCUAACGUUUUGGGUGUACCUCACACAUUCUUUCCUCAAAGAAAUGGUUGUAGGGUUACCCUUUAUCAAGAUUCUCAUUUUCUUGAUAAUUAUGUCCCCAGGAUUCCUCUUGCCGGGGGCAAGUGCUAUGAGCCUCAUCGAUGCUGGGAAGACAUUUUCGAUGCGAUUUCUAAUGCAAAACAUUUUAUUUACAUAACAGGAUGGUCUGUAUAUGUUAAAAUCAAAUUAAUAAGGGAUUUAGAAAGGCGAAAAGAUGGAGAAGAUGUGAUUCUUGGAGAACUACUAAAGAAGAAGGCUGAAGAAGGUGUUAGGGUUUUAAUGCUUGUUUGGGAUGAUAAAACUUCUUGUAAGUUAUUAAAGAAAGAUGGAGUAAUGGCUACCCAUGAUGAAGAUACUAGAAGCUAUUUUCAUAAUUCGAAAGUCAAUUGUGUUUUAAGCCCGCGUAAACCAGAAAAUUGGAACAAUAUUAUACAAGAUAUCGAGGUCUCCACAAUUUUCACUCAUCAUCAGAAGACUUUAAUAGUAGAUAGUGAAAUGGGAAAUGGAGAAUCGGAAAAAAGAAGAAUUGUGAGUUUUAUCGGGGGAAUUGAUCUUUGUGAUGGAAGAUAUGAUAAUCAAUUUCAUUCCCUUUUCAGGACUUUGGAUUCUGAUCAUAAGAAUGAUUUUUAUCAACAUAGUAUAGCGCAUGCUGCGAUUGAGAAAGGCGGACCAAGAGAGCCUUGGCAUGACAUACAUUGCAUGAUAGAAGGACCUGCUGCUUGGGAUGUUUUGUUUAAUUUCGAGCAAAGAUGGAAAAAGCAAGGUGAGAAAGGUAAUUUGCUUGUUCCGGUUAAAGAACUGAAUGACAUUUUUACACCUCCAUUUCCUGUAAUUUCACCGGAAAAUCAAGAAAGCUGGAAUGUUCAGGUUUUCAGGUCUAUUGAUGGUGGAGCAGCUUUUGGUUUCCCUGAAGAUCCAGAAUCCGCAAGAAAAGUUGGUCUUGUUAAUUGGAAGGAUAAUAUAAUUGAUAGAAGCAUUCAAGAUGCUUACAUUAAUGCUAUUCGAAGAGCACGGAAUUUUAUUUAUAUUGAGAAUCAGUAUUUUCUUGGAAGCUCAUUUAGCUGGAGGAAAUCAAAUGAUAUAAAGAUUGAAGAGGUUGGUGCUUUGAAUCUUAUACCUAAAGAAUUGUCUUUAAAGAUUGUAAGUAAAAUUGAAGCUGGAGAAAGAUUUGCGGUUUAUAUUGUAAUUCCAAUGUGGCCUGAAGGAGUACCAGAAAGUGGUUCUGUUCAAGCAAUAUUGAAUUGGCAAAAUAGGACAAUGGAGAUGAUGUACAGUGAUAUAGCUGAAGCCCUCCAUGCUAAAGGGCUGGACUCAAAUCCAAAGGACUAUUUGUCUUUCUUUUGCCUCGGCAAUCGUGAGACGAAGAAGACAGGAGAACAUGAACCUCCUGAGAAACCUGAACAUGAUUCAAAUUAUAGUAGAGCUCAGGAAGCUAGAAGGUUCAUGAUCUAUGUUCAUGCCAAGAUGAUGAUAGUUGAUGAUGAAUACAUAAUUAUUGGAUCGGCAAACAUCAACCAAAGAUCAAUGGAUGGGGCAAGAGACACAGAGAUAGCAAUGGGAGCCUACCAACCACACUACUUAGCCACCAAUGAGCAGGCUGCAGCCAGGGGUCAAGUUCAUGGGUUAAGAAUGUCAUUGUGGUAUGAGCACUUAGGGAUGCUUGAUGACUCCUUUAGCCAACCUGAGACCUUAGAAUGUGUUAGAAAGGUUAACCUCAUUGCUAGCAAGUAUUGGGACCUCUACACUUCAGAUAACUUAGUACAUGACUUGCCAGGCCAUUUGCUUACUUAUCCUAUUGGGGUUACUCACAAUGGAGAGCUUAUAGAGAUUCCAGGAGCAGAAUUUUUUCCUGAUACUAAGGCGCAUGUUUUUGGAUCCAAAUCUGAGUUGAUUCCUUCUAUUCUCACUACCUAAUCAAUUAUAAAGCCAACACGUCAGAUGAGUUGGUGAUAGGGAAUAACUUGUUAGUGCUGUUUAUUUUUCUGACACAUUGUUCAAUAGCAUAUUUUAUAAA